CUCGAUAAUACCUCGACCCAAAUUUUCUGUUUUUGCAAUGCGCACUCCCCCUUCUCCGCCAAGCUCCGGCUUCUGCACUCCGUUUCUGCCGCAGCCUGCAAGGCGCGCUUCUUUGGUACGACAGGUGCAUGUACUUGUUACCUGCACGAACCUUGCUAGAUGCGCACACCCGCAAGUACCUCUUCAUUCUGGUGCUGGUACAUGCGGUACAUGCGGUCCUGGUGGCGCCCGCCAAUGGUCCUGUCAACUUUCUCACCGCCCUUGUUUCUCAACUCUCCCUCCGUUUUCUCUUCUCUCUUCUGCAUGUGUACAGUUUCCUCUCCGUCAACUUGGACCCAUGGGAGCUGUCAGAAAAGGGAAACCUACCAUUUCUUCUUUCCACGCCUUACUCAUGUUGGGCAAUCGACUGCUGGCCGCGCUGGUCCCUCCCUUGAAAUCCACGCCGGGGUCCCACUCUUUGCUUUUCCGUCUAAGGCGAUCUGCUGUCUCUCGAUGUAACAGCCGGUAGCCGCUGGUCCAAUCCGCAAUCCGAACCCCCAACCCGCUCUCAAGCACGUCGAAGCUGCAGCGGGGUUUUUGGCGAGGACGGUGAACCAUGUUCCAGUUUGUUAGCCCGAGCAGGGCCAUGGACAAGCC